AGUCCGUCGAAGUCGACCGUAGGCACAUUCGAGCAAUCGCCGUUCGGCACGAUGAAGACCCUCUUCAUCUCGUUUGCCUUGUGCGCCAUUGCCGCCGCCGCCGCCGCCGCACCUCGCGAACGACGAGAAGCUGUCUGGGCUGGUCACGGACUUUAUGGUGGGCAUGGAGCUUAUGGAGCACACGGAGCUUACGGUGCGCACGGAGCUUAUGGAGCUUACGGAGGCAUAGGAGGCUACGGUGGACACGGAGUGGCCGUUGCCGGUCCAGUGCUGGGGGCGACAAGCGUCGCGGGCCCGCAUGUAGGUGCUUCUGCUGUUACCGGCCCGUCGAUAGGCCCAUCUCGUUUGGCCGGAUCAGUGGCUGGUCCUGUUCACGUUUCGGGUGCUGUCGCUGGCCCAGCUGUCGUGACUCCGUCAGUCGCCGGUCCAGCGCAUGUUGAAGGUUACGGCGGCGCGUACGACGGUGGCUACGGGGGUGCCUACGGAGGUGGUGAUUAUAUCGGGGGCUACGGAGGUUAUGCCGGUGGUCCCACUUAUGGCUACACAGGAUACGCCGGUGGUCACGGAGGGCACGGAGUAGUUGUAGCCGGACCAGCUAGCCACGGAGCGGUUUUGGCCGGACCUCACGCCGGAAGCGCGGCUGUUUCUGGACCGCACGCCGGUUCAGUCGUGAUUGCCGGUCCUUCCGGAAAGAUCACGGCUCACGGAAGUGGUUACGGUGCUGCCGUCCACGCCGGAUUCGGCCACGGUCACGGCCACUGGUAACGCGCGCACAAUCGUCUGCGAGAAGCGAAAAGAGAGGAUCGUCUCUUUGAAUCAGCGCCAGGCUGAAAGUAAGGAUACUCCGCCUCCCUUUCAAUUCUUUCUUUUUUUUUUUAGAGGAAUAAUGCGCAAGAGAUAAUGUAGAGAGAUAAUGUAAUCGUAAAUACGUGAAGUUACCGUAUACCCCUCACCCUCUCCCCCUCUCUCACACGACGGCGCUCGUCGCACUUGAUACUCUCUCGUUUCGCGGUGCGCGCGGGAAUACUUAUGCAUGUUCUCUGUAUGAAUGGAAUAAAUUUGCUCUUGUUCGAAAGGAGCUUAUUCGUGAUGUAAAAUGUCCGGAAGUAACAUAUUACAUUUCGCUUGGCGUAUCGCGGCUGGUUCUGAUCUCUCGUGCAUAUCGAAUUCGCAGACACCUCCCGCGUCGCGCGUACUACAUUGUAUUCCCGUGCACUCCGGAGGGUAAAUUUUCCACGGGUUUUACAAGCGCACCCGCGCGAACGAUUCAGAUCUCCGGGCGUGUGGACGAUUGCAGGAGAGGAUUGCUUCGCUGAACUCUUCCGAAAUUCUCUCCCGCGCAACGUCACGAUGUCGAAUACUUCCCCGCCGCGCUGAAUUGUGAGGCCAAUUAUCUCACGCGAAUUAUCGUGGCAACGGCUAAUUAACCAGCGCUAACCCGACGAUUAUCGGCGCGGGUCCGAAUUAUGCAUGAUGAAAGCAACGAUUACAAAGGCAACGGCGGUGCGAUCGUGGCGGGUGGGGUGAAAUUUUGGAUAAUUGUUUGCUGCUUAAGCGAAUCGGAGCUCUCGCUCGAGUUUCGCGAUACGGAAAGUAUGCGAUGGAAAAUUGCGAGCUGACUCUCGCGCACGGUGUAUUCCCGUACUUCGUACUUUGGUAAGGCUAAAAUAUAUAGUUCGUAAGUUACGCUAUGAAAGAGGACGAGAUUAUGCAUACGAUUUAAUAUUCAUCUUGAGCUGCGCAUUCUGACGCUCGCUGCACCGAUUCAACUUUAUUUUACUUGGACUUUAACACAAUAAACACUUUGUACUUGACACAAAUUACUGUGGAAACUUUCUCUUCGUAAAUCGUCUCUCUUCUGCGGACGGUCCAUUUUGUUCCGUCCAAUUGCUCGUUUAACCAUCGCAUGAACCACCCACCGUGCGAAACCCGAAACUCCCCGUCUCAUCGCGCUUCCGCCUCGUAGUUUAAAGUUUCUUCUUCGUGAUUUCUUGGGUAAAAUCUCUCGCGUAAAAAAUAUGGAAACAGUAGCAUGAAGUAUGAAGCAACUGUCCCAUCUGUAACUUCGUUACAACAGCCGGGACAGCUCG